GGAAACUGGCAAUUCACUAGAGUCGGAUAAUCAGUUAGAGUUUAUGCCCGCUGAAGGCGCCUCUAAAAUCGGUUCGACAUCUACGUACUUUGGUGAAUGGAAGAAGCAACGUAACCAUUCUUUUAAACAACUCCUCAAGUGGGUCUUCUUUAUUCUUCUUUACUCUCACAUUUGAUUAGAUCAGAUCUACUACAUGAAGGUCAACUCUAUCAUUCUCUCACCAACUCCUGCGCUUCUUCUCCUCCUCCUUCCCAGACACAUAGAGGGAGGAAGAAGAAGUAAAACAAAAAAAACAAAACAAAAAUGAGGUUGUUAGAUAAUAAUACUGAAGCUAUUGGCCGCGGCAAUGUCAAGUACCGGAGGAUCGAGGCCGAGGAAGGAGGAGGAGGAGAUGUGGAAGAAGAGGAAGCAUUUGGUUGGAGGUGGAGUGGGAGGAAUGAUAGUAGGAAGUACGUAUAUGCCUGCGCCACAUUCGCUUCGCUCAACUCCGUUCUCCUUGGCUACGAUGUCGGCGUAAUGAGCGGCGCCAUUCUUUUCAUUCAGAAAGAUCUCCGCAUAACCGAACUCCAGGAAGAGCUACUUAUCGGAUGCCUGAGCAUCGUCUCGCUGCUAGGCAGUCUGCUCGGCGGAAGGACCUCAGACACCGUCGGCAGAAAAUGGACCAUUGGUCUUGCCAGUAUUGUAUUUCAGUGUGGAGCUGCUGUCAUGGCCUUUGCCCCUUCUUUCCUCGUGCUCAUGAUCGGCCGACUUCUUGCAGGAGUAGGAAUUGGUUUCGGCGUUAUGAUCGCGCCCGUCUAUAUCGCAGAAAUAUCCCCUUCUGUCUCGCGAGGUUCUCUCACCUCCUUCCCCGAGAUCUUCAUCAAUCUCGGAAUUCUCCUCGGUUACAUAUCGAAUUACGCUUUCUCGGGCCUUUCAGAACAUAUAAAUUGGAGGAUAAUGCUCGGCGUCGGAAUUCUGCCCUCCGUCUUCAUCGGAUUCGCGCUUUUCGUGAUACCAGAGUCCCCGCGGUGGCUGGUAACGAAGAGGCGAGUAAAAGAAGCACGUUCGGUGCUCCGCAGGAUCAGCGAAAGUGAGUUGGAGGCCGAAGAAAGGCUGGUGGAGAUAGAGCAGGCCGCUGCGGCAGCAAGUGCUUCUGCAAAGAAGCAUGAAGAGAAGGCCAUAUGGAGAGAGCUGCUCAGUCCUUCUCCUUCGCUGCUGCGAAUGCUCGUCGCAGGCUGCGGAAUCCAGUGCUUCCAGCAGAUAACCGGUAUCGACGCGACGGUUUACUACAGCCCGACUAUCUUUCGCGACGCAGGGAUCGAAUCUGAGAAUGAGAUUCUUGCUGCGACAGUGGCUGUCGGAUUCACCAAGACUGCGUUCAUCUUGGUCGCGAUCUUUCUAAUAGAUAAGGCUGGAAGAAAGCCUCUUUUGUACGUCGGCACAGUCGGGAUGACUGUCUGCUUGUUUGUACUGGGCAUUGCUCUGACCCAUCAGCAUGGGUCUGGACUGCUUUCGCCGGAUGUCGGGAUCAGGCUCGCAAUCUGGGCGGUCUGCGGCAAUGUAGCAUUCUUUUCGAUCGGAAUAGGCCCGAUUUGUUGGGUGCUGACGUCCGAGAUAUUUCCUUCGAGGCUAAGAGCUCAGGCUUCGGCGCUCGGAGCAGUCGGGAAUAGGCUCAGCAGCGGUUUGGUUGCGAUGUCCUUCUUGUCAGUCUCACGCCAAAUCUCCGUAGCGGGGACUUUCUUUAUUUUUUCUGCGGUCUCGGCUCUCUCGAUUGCGUUCGUACACAAAUUUGUUCCCGAAACCAAAGGGAAGUCUCUGGAGCAGAUUGAGAUGUUAUUCCAAAGCGCGGCAGAGAUGCGGGGAGGCGAAGUGCAGCUCGGAGAUGUCGAGCACCUGGUGCAGGAGGAAUAGGCUGGGAUGUUUUACCUCUCUUCUAGUCUUUCUUUUGAGAAUAAUUCUGCUUCAUUGUUGUAGUCAGAGGAUUACAGUUCACACCAAAUUUACUUUGACAUGUACAUGUAC